AUGGACCACGCUCUCAGCGGCGUCCACUCCGCGGAGCCGUUCAUGCGCAAGUGCAUUAUCUACGGUGCCAACCUUGGCACUUUAGCGGAGGGCUCUCAUCUCGAAGGAAAUCUGCGGCUUACGGCUUUGGGUAGACAUAUGAAGGUACCAGAAUUGCAGAUCCGAUUGUGGGAAGGGGUCCACCUUGGCAAGUAUGGAGUCACAACGCUUUCCUAUCAUGCUGGAGGACAUCAGCAGACGUCGGACGUGCACCUCAGGGAGGCAGCGGAGGACGAAGGCAUAGGACAAGUGAAGCCAGGCGAGGUUGGAAAUGAUCAAGAACAAGAGAACGAUGAAGUUUUGCACGCAGCAGUCGAGGACCAAGAUUGGCUCGAUGCAACUGGCGUUCUGUACAUCAGAGACAGGACGGUUUUUACUGAGCGCCGAGAGUUCGUGCGACUCGAUCCCGGGUCGGACGCCUUCUUCCGCGUGUUUGAGUAUUGCAAGAACGCCACGGUCGAGCGUCGGAGGGUGGCGUGGGAUGCAGCCGUCCUCAAGAUUCUCCGUGCUCGACAUGCACUGCGCCAAAACAGGGUGGCAGUGGCCCGACUUGUCAGAGUGGAGCGAGAAAGGGCUAAUGGACGCGAGAGGGCAGCGCGCAGCUACGCUAAUCGACAGCUUGCCGCAUCAACCAAGAUGGCGAAGGGGCCUUGGUUGUCCUCGGAGGAGGUCGCCUCAAUCGAGCUAAUGGACAACCAAGCCUUGAAGCGACCCAUUCAUCCCGUCACCGUCGGGGAGAUCGCGGGAUUGCUGGCGAAAGGCAAGAAGCGAGGCGAGAUAAUGGAGCUGAUCGGAAUAUCCAGAUACGCCUAUCACAAGGCCGUGAAGCGGCUCAAGCUGGAAGGUGCAGCGACGAAGCCAUCUGAGGAGCCGGAGGCUGCUCAGGGUACUGCAAUCCCAGCUCCGCAACUCGCUCCGCUUCACCCGCAAAGCGCCCCGGUGCAUCAGCAUCCACACCGUGCUCCGGCUCCCCAGCAAAAUGACAUAACUCCCGGCCCGCGUCAACCUCCCGCUUCAGCACUCCGGCACGAGCCUCAUGCUCCAGAGUUGCAGUACAUUGCCCACGUUACAGCACUCCACCACAAUAGUCACACUUCGGCUCUCCAGCAGCAGUACGCUCCUCACGCAACAAUACCCCAGUACUCGCUCCAGGACUUUUUGACGUCCCCCAGCCAUAUAGUUCGCAUCAUGCCGCAUGCUCCACCCCGUUCAUGGCUUCGCCCUCUAUUGCGACUUCAACAAUCCAACAUAAUGAUGGCGACUACAUUCUUGCUGCUCUGA